AAGCAUAAGAAGAGGAAAUUUGGCGAAAAAUAGUGCGAGGUAUGGGGUUGCUGAAGGAGCUGGGUAGGGUCGUGAAUGGACUAUCGUUAGUCGCCAAGGAGGUCGUGGGGCGUUCUCAAGCUGUGGAAGCCGCCAAGAAUGGAGAUCUUCAAUGCCUAAUCAAGAAAGCCAUUCUAUCCGCCACUGAUAUCUCUGGCCUCACCAAGGGAAAGGUCCGCAUCCUCUCCCACCCAAGCUCCUCUAAUUCCGGUUCCGUCGUUCACUUCACAACCGCCACCGCUGACGAUUCUUCCGCGUCCUCGGAGGAGGUCACGCCUGUUGCCUUUCAACAACAACAACAAAACUCCUCAUCAUUCGACGAUCAGGGUGAUACUGUUAGUAGUAUAGAACAAGCUUCUUCUUCUUCUUCUAACUCUGCGGCGGAGAAUUCGGAUGUUAGAGACGGAUUUAGGCCUGUCAAUGAAGGUGAGCUCCAGGAUUUGGUGGAGAAGGACAAUGCCCAAGUGGCAUUUAAGAGGCGAAAGCCAAGGGAGAGGAGAGUUCCUUCCACCCCAUUUUCCAGAGCGCUUGGGUUUGCUGGCCUUGGUGCGGGGCUUGCGUGGGGAACGGUUCAGGAGUCUGCCAGGAGGCUUGUCUUUGGCACGCCACGCUCACAAGACAAUCAAUCUGCGGUCUCCCCAUUCCUCUCUGAACAAAAUGCACAGCGUCUGGCCCUUGCGCUUUGCAGAAUGCGUGGAGCAGCACUCAAAAUAGGCCAGAUGUUGAGUAUACAGGACGAAUCCCUUGUCCCUCCUCCGAUCUUGGCUGCUCUGGAUAUAGUCCGCCAAGGUGCAGAUGUGAUGCCAAGGAGCCAGCUCAAUCAAGUGUUGGAUGCUGAAUUGGGUCUUGACUGGUCGUCGAAGUUGACCAGCUUUGAUUAUGAACCCAUAGCUGCGGCAAGCAUAGGACAGGUGCAUCGAGCUGUCACAAAGGAUGGUAUGCAAGUGGCUAUGAAAAUUCAGUACCCUGGUGUUGCAGAUAGCAUUGAAAGUGACAUAGAGAACGUGAGACUUCUUUUAGAUUAUACAAAUCUAAUUCCAGAAGGACUUUAUCUUGACAGAGCUAUGAAGGUGGCAAGAGAAGAAUUAGCUCGUGAAUGUGACUAUAAAGUGGAAGCAGCAAAUCAAAAACACUUCCGUAAUUUUUUAUCUGGCACAGAGGGGUUUUAUGUUCCGUUGGUUGUGGAAAAUAUUUCUAGCAGAAAAGUCUUAAGUACAGAACUCGUUUCUGGAAUUCCAAUUGAUAAAGUGGCAUUACUGGACCAGAAAACUCGUAAUUAUAUUGGCAAAAAGUUGCUGGAGCUCACGUUGAAUGAGUUAUUUGUAUACCGUUUCAUGCAGACUGAUCCUAAUUGGAGUAAUUUCUUGUAUGAUGAUGCAACAAAAUUAAUCAAUCUCAUCGACUUUGGAGCUGCUCGUGAUUUUCCUAAAAGUUUUGUUGAUGACUACUUAAGAAUGGUGAUUGCAUGUGCAAAUGGUGAUAGAGAUGCAGUCAUUGAGAUGUCAAUAAGACUAGGGUUCCUCACAGGAAAGGAGUCGGAGAUAAUGUUCGAUGCCCAUGUUCAAGCUGGUUUUGUUGUGGGAUUGCCUUUUUCGAAGCCAGGUGGAUAUGACUUCCGUUCCACCAACGUUACGCAAAACCUCUCAAACCUUGGGGCAACCAUGCUUAAGCACAGGCAGACACCACCGCCUGAUGAAGUCUACAGUCUUCAUCGGAAGCUUUCUGGUGCUUUUCUGGCUUGCAUGAAGCUUGGGGCUGUUGUACCAUGCAGGGAAGUAUUGUUAAAGAUUUAUGACCAUUAUCAAUUUGGUGAAGAAGAUGGGGAGAUCUUGUCAAGUGGCUCUAGUUCUUCAUAGGUAUAACUCAAUUGAAUUAUUUUGCAUACAUGUAAUAAUAAUCGCCUGCAAUUAUGCCUGGCGAGCAUCAUCAAUUCCUUAUGUUGUUGCUCCAGAACUGGAGAGAGAGAGUUGUAAUUUUCUUUCCCUGUUGAGAUAAAAGCAAGCAAGAAUCUGAGCCAGACCAGACAAGACUCUUGAGGUUUAUACUUGUCAAUGAAAUAUGAAGAAAUAUAGUUUGAAAGCGUA